GCCGCCGAUUGAUUCACGGGCUGUCUGUCGUGUGUGCGUGGACGUAGUCUGCAGCAGGCGGCGACGAAUUUAUCGUGGUCGGGCUUUCAAACGACGUCCAUUUAUAUAUACGAAAUACAUGGGAGCAUCGUUCAGUGGGUCCAAGGUGGGCUUGUUGUCGUACUUUCACCACGAGUCCGCAGCCCUCAAGCGCAAAGAAGCCAUCUGGGGCACGUCGCUCCUCGCGCCUCUCUACUCGAUCCGGUCGCUGCCGUCGCUCGCGGCAGUCUCCAACGACAUUGUGCUCACCCCCCGGUCCCCCCACGUGAUUCCGGACGAUAUGCACCUCAUCUUCAUCUACAGUGGGCACAUCACUGCCACGGUUCUGGACGUGGGCAAGGUCUCGUUCAUGAUCGAGCGGACGAGGCGCAAUGCGAUCACGCGGCGCCGGUCGCUUCUACGUCGGGACGACUCGCUCGCGGUGCGGCUGCGGUACUACGCCGUCGACAGGGAGCACGCAACGGAAGAGGUGAUGCUGUGUCGGCGGGGCCCUUUGAACCACGACGGCAGCAGUAGCGGUGGGGGGACGUACCUCCUCCGGUUCGUCGCGUCCAAGAUCCGGUCGCACGAAGUCGUGGUCAAGUCGUUGUUGGUCACCCAAGUGGAGAUCAAGGCCAAGUCCCGCGCCAUUGCGCUGCCCCCUAUCGUCCCGAGUAGCCCCAAAGGCACGACGUGGGGGCGCUUCAACUCGCUCGUGCCGCUAGCUCCCCGACGGACGUCCGCGCAAACAGCCGCCGGUGGCGCCUUUGCUAACUCCGCCGCCGCCAUCUCCUACAACAACCUCCUCCCCCACGCGACCGCGCCACUAGAUCCGGGCAACGUCCCCAUCACACAAGACUGCGCGUCGAUCCUGCAAAAAAGUCCCUACUUUCGCGGCAUUGCCAUUGGGGACCUCAAAGCCCUCAGUGACUUGGGCACAAUCUCCAUCGUUCAAACCGAUUGCGUGGUGAUGCAAGAAAGGGAAGACGGCGGCCACGAGAUGUUUGUCGUGCUAGCAGGCGAUCUGCGCGUGUGUGUACGAGACCAAGACACCAAGGUGCUGAAACCCGUGGCGACGUUGCAUUCGGGGUCGUGUAUGGGGGAAAUGACGCUGCUGCUGCGGGGCCCGCGGUCGGCCAGCGUCACGGCCAUGUCCAACUGCAUGCUCGUGAGCAUCGAACGCAGCACGCUGCUGUCGUUUCUGCGGCGGCAGCCCCAGGUCGAAGCGAAGCUCAAGUCCGUGUUGGUGUUGAGAUUGCUCCAAAACGUGCUGGGCAUGCGGUCGGUCCCGAUGUUUGAAGCGUUUCAGUACGACGACGUGAUGAAGGUGGUGCCGCACUGCUUUAUCGAGAGCGACGUCGCUCGUGGAACAGAAAUCCUCGCGGCAACAUCGACGGAUGGAGAGGACGCCACCAGUCGCCCCACGCCAAGUCGACUGCAAAAGCAGUUUCGCAUUAUUUUAUCUGGCACAGUCGAAAUCAUUCCGGCCAUGGCCGGGCCCAGUGAAUUCAAGCAGUCUGGCCACGUGGGCGAACUGUUGCCUGGAAUGGACCCAUUGCCAGCGGGCACAAAGGUCGUCGCGUCCACCGAGUGCGUGUUCUUGUCCAUGUAUACCGAGUCAUGUUGGGGGCACCUAAGUGCCCAGACGAUGGCAGAGGCGCUGAUACGGUGGUCACAAGCGAACUGCACGGUGGAAAUGGUAUUGAGGCAUCCCGGCGCGCGGCAGUUUUACCUGCGGUACCUCACGUUCGAGUUCAGCGAAGAAAACCUGCAGUUUGUAAUCGCCGUCCAAGCGUUCAAGCUUAGCCCGACGGUCGUGGCCGACGCCAAGGCCAUCGUGGCCGAGUAUAUCCUCGAGUCGUCCCCCAAACAGAUCAACGUCGAAGCGAAAAUGCGCCACGAAAUCGUCGCCGCCUUGCGCGCCGUGGAGACCACCAACCACAGCAACAACAACAACAACGCCGACGGCAGUGUAGAUCGAGACAAGGGGGCCCCAGACGCAUUUGGGAUUUUCGACAAGGCAGUGGACGAAAUCACCACGUUGAUGCGCAAGGACAGCUUUCCGCGGUUCAAGAAGACACCGUUCUUUAAGGACAUGCUCGCCGCGUACCCGCUGUUGGACCACCAGGCCCAUACCGCCACGGCCAGCGCCGCCGUCGCCUCGGGGGGGACGAGUGACGCGCCCGGGGGGGACGACCUAAGUGACAUUGGCAAGCGAUUUCGAUACGUGCUGGACCAAGUGUUUGCCCAUCGGGAAACAAGGCGCGAGUUUCGUCGAAGUGGGACAGGGUCCUCUCGGGAUGCGUUUGCAUUUGGGGUAGGGGCCGUCGUGAAUCGGUCCAAACAUAGUUCCAGGGAGCGAUGAAUAUG